AUGUCCUUAGAGAUUUCCUCGACUGAGCUGGGCUCAACUCAGCAAGACAUGUCUCUCAAAUACCUUGAUUCAGCAAGAAAGAUCCUAUGCAUAGGUAGAAACUAUGCUGCUCAUAUUAAGGAGCUUAAUAACAUGGCUCCAUUGCAGCCUUUCUUUUUCCUUAAGCCAUCGUCUUCCAUCUUACGCCCAAACAACGGGCCAUUCCUAGUCCCAAAGGGAACCAAGGUUCACCAUGAAGUGGAAUUGGCAUUCACAUUGAACAAGACACUUAAAAACUUGCCUGCAACUUUUUCCAAUGAAGAAGCCUUGGAUGCAAUUGAGGGGUAUGCUUUGACUAUCGAUAUGACUGCAAGAAACGUUCAGGAUGAAGCCAAGAAGAAGGGAUUGCCUUGGUCAAUUGGAAAAGGCUUCGACACAUUCCUCCCUGUUUCUGGCUUCAUUCCAAAGCUGGAGAUUCCUGACCCAUACAAGGUCCGCUUGCAACUUUCCAUCAAUGGUGAAACCAAACAAGACGAUAACACAGACUUGAUGAUCUUCCCAAUCCACAAAAUCUUGAGCCACAUGUCUUCCAUUAUGACCCUUGAAAAGGGUGAUCUUAUCCUUACAGGCACUCCAAAGGGAGUAGGCCUUGUUAGCCCCGGUGAUCAUGUUCAAGCUAGCUUAAGUGUUGGAGACAAGGUCUUGCAAACUAUAGACGUUCAGGCCGAACAGAAAGACGGUCCUUACGAAUUCAAAGAAACCUAA